AGGGGGCAGCAGCGGCCACACUGAGAGGAAGUGGUGAAUGAAGUCCCGGGAUUGUGCUGACGCGUCCCUCUUUCCUCUUUCUUCCGACGUGUCAGUCCUCUUGUGUCCAGACAAAACCGAGGAGCUCACAGACCGUACAUCUCGCAGAUAUGCCCCCGAAAGGCAGCACCAAGCAGCAGUCAGAGGAGGACCUGCUUCUCCAGGACUUCAGCAGGAACCUGUCGGCAAAGUCCACCGCUUUGUUUUACGGAAACGCUCUCAUCGUCUCCGCCAUCCCCAUCUGGCUGUUCUGGAGGAUCUGGCACAUGGACCUGGUCCAGUCUGCAGUCUUGUACGCUGUGAUGACCCUGGUCAGCACUUACCUGGUUGCUUUUGCCUACAAAAAUGUCAAGUUUGUGCUCAAACACAAGGUUGCCCAAAAACGUGAAGAUGCUGUUUCCAAGGAAGUUACCAGGAAGUUGUCUGAGGCCGACAACCGCAAGAUGUCUCGCAAAGAGAAAGACGAAAGGAUUCUGUGGAAGAAGAACGAGGUAGCGGACUACGAGGCUACCACCUUCUCCAUCUUCUACAACAACACGCUCUUCUUGGUGCUCGUCAUCAUCGCUUCCUUCUUCUUGCUGAAGAGCUUCAACCCCACUGUCAACUACAUUCUGUCCAUCAGCGCCUCCUCAGGUCUCAUCGCUCUGCUUUCAACGGGCUCAAAGUAACGGACAAAGGCGUGGAUGACGGAAGGACCUGGCUGGGGGGUGGGGGGGGGGGGGUUCAAAAAAUACAUUUCAUUUUCCUGAAAUGUGUGAUCAAAUGUCUGGAGGCUGCCUCUCCAGGUCCAGCUUUUUUGUUCUUGUUUUGUAAAAUAAAAAAAUCCAAAGUA